AUGUUAAUAUAACUGAAUCCAGAUUUAUUGUUUUAUUUUUUAGUUAGUGUAGUGUUAGUAAUUGUAUUUAGUAAUAUCAAAUACCUAUUAGUACUACUAGUUUUCUUUUAUGUUAAUACUCAAAUAACCAUGUCUUAAUGCCCAUUGUUUAAAAUCAUUUAUUUUAGUUUAAUUAUAUUUUAAAGUUGUUGGUAUAUCAGAAGUUGAAGAUCAUAUAGUAAAAAAAUUGUAGAUCAGUAAUAGUAAAAUUCAUGUAAUAGCAUAAGUUACUCCAGUGUUCAACAGUUUUUUUAACUGUAGUUCGAGUUUAUAGUGUAACUCUAGUCAAGAAAAACUUAUAAUCUCUUCAAACAGUUAUUCUGAAGGAAGAUAUUUAUUCUGAAAAAUGAGGUUUACUCCUUCAGAGCAUUGUUCACAUUGAACUUAGUCUUGUGUUAACUUAAAAGUUAAGUACUUUUUUAAUAUUUUUAAAGUAAAUGCCAAUGUUACUCAUCUGCUAAAAUGUUAUAUUUUCAUUUGUUCACCAACUUCUUUUUUGUGUAAAGUGGAGUGCACUUUAGCUCCCAUGAUUUGAUUUAGACAAAGUGGAUGUUGCUGCAGCAUAUGUUGCUGUUCUGAUGUGACAUGGGAUCUAUUAGCAAUCGUACUGAAAAUGUUAGUUUAACUCUGUCUGCACCAUGUUCUUUAAAACCAGAUGUGAUUAUAUAUUGUGUGGUUUGUAGCAUCAUAGUUACACUAAUUCUUGUUUGUAACAGCAUUAUUUUGGUCAAGCUUAGGCCCUUCUCAAAAUAUCACCACUCAAAUAUAGAAGUGUUAAUAUUCUAUUUGAGUUUGUUCGAUCUUAUGGCUUCUAUCAUGCUAGUUAUGGAUGUUUAUGAUCACUUGACCUGCUUUAAAAGAUGGCCACUGUUUUGGCUUGGUUGUAAGAUUAUUUACCCAUUGUAUCAUAUUUCUUUAAAUAUGUCUGUCGCCAUUCUCAUAAUUAUGAGUGUUGAUCGCUGCAGGUCAAUAACAACACCAAUGAAAGCAAAGUUUUCGAAGAAGUGCAUUCACAUCAGUGUAAUGAUUUCAUUUGUUUGCAGUGUGGUACUGCAAUGGUAUCAGAUUUAUUCUCAGCAAAUAAAUUCCAAGGGUUCAUGCAGCUUGAACAGACGAACUAAGUUGUAUUCAUUUUCACGCAUUCUUAUAACUAUAAUGCGAGAUUUUACUCUCAUAAUUGUAUUCACAGUAACUUCUACGCUAGUGUUUCUUUCCUUUCUAAAAAAUGAACUUUACAUUGCAUCAAAUGCUUAUAAUAAAAAUAAACCUCGCAAAGUAAUGUUGAUGCUGGUAAUAAUGGAAGUUGUUUUUACACUUCUUGUUAUACCAUAUGAUACAUUUGAAUGUAUAAUGUUGUUAAAAUAUUUGCUUGGUGUUAAAAUUUCUAACAAAAAUGCUGUUUCAAUAAUGGAUCAAGUCUUAUCGAUUUUGCAAAUGUCAAAUUGCUUUGCUAAUUACUUUAUUUAUUCAAAGAUGCGUCAACAUUUGCAUAAUCGUUCUAUUAGUACUGCAACAUUUGAUAUUGAAUUUAAACAAAUAUCUAAUGGAAGCAACAUAUCUUCUCCAGCUCAUGGAGCAUCUCCUGUCCACAUUAGUGAUACUACAAACAUUAAAGAGUACUUCUAAACAAUAUUUCGUUACAAUGGUGAUUUUCAAGAGGAAAACUAAACUUGACGUCUUACUUUGUUGGCUUUUUUAUUUGUUCUAAAUGCUACCCUAUCUUUGUUAAUUAAUUUGGUAAUAUCACUUUAACCUUGUUAAUAUAUUUGUAAAUACCACCCUAAUCUUAUUAAUUUAUUUCUGGUUAAGCUCAAUAAAUAAACUUUUAUUACACCUCUACACUUGUUAUUUUUUUAAAGUAAAUUUAUAAUGGAUCAGAUUUUGUGUUUAUCGGAAUCAUUUUUCAUCGUGUUGUCAUGUCUUAAUAAUGUUAUUGUAUUAUUAUACAUAUUGGAAAAUUGUUUGAAAUUUAAUAAAUAGUAAUGAUUAUUUA